AUGGCAACGUUGAGUAUCACAUACUUGAAUUUCUUCUCAUCCUUUGCCUUCUCCGCCACACUCCUGACGUCGUGGGAGGCUGUUGGUGGCAGCCUACUGGCAGGUCUCGCCAAUGGAGGUCUUUUCGUGGGCUGCACUCGUCUGAUUGCUGCGCUGUAUUUCAUCGGCACCGAGAUCGAAGGAAUGGUUGUUCUCGCACAUUCCGAGUACAAAUCCCCAAGAUGGCACCGUACCUUACUGAUGUGGGCUGUUGUGCUGAUUCCCAUCGUCAUCAACAUCUUUGCUCGUCGGAUGCUUGCCGUCAUCGAAGUGGCUGCGGGCAUCAUGCAUAUUGUAUUCAUGCCAGUGUCCGUCGCCACGAUGGUUAUACUUGCUCCUCGAAAUCCCAAUGCGUUUGUCUGGGAUAAUUUUGUCGGUAGUCUCACGGGCUGGCAGAACCCGGGGGUAGUUUUCUCCAUUGGACUUCUGGAUGUGAUUGCACCGUUAAGAGUCGACGGAGUCAUCCGCAUGGCAGAGGAAGUCAAGAACGCUCAAACCGUCAUCCCGCGCCCCAUGAUCUGGGGUACGGCGAUUAAAUCUAUUAUGGCCUUCAGCUGUAUAAUCACAGUUCUCUACUGCGCAGUCCAACUGGAUACCCAAUCAUCCAAAUCGUCUAUCAAGCCAUGGGGUCGAAACCCGCUACCCCCGCCUCCGUCACUCGUUCCACCUGGUUCUUUGCUCGAGAUAAUGGUCUGCUUUCUCCGACUUCUUCGAAAAGAUCAAUCAGCGAUACAAGACUCCGAUACGAGCUUGUUUCUUGUCGCGUCGUGCUUCUUCAUCCUUUCGUUUAUCCAGAUCGGUUCCACCGCUGCUGUUAAUGCCGUCUUGUCUCUGGGUGCCAUGGGACUAGACAUCUCGUAUCUGCUACCGCUGGGAUUUCUCGCUUUUAAGCGCGUCGUCACACCGGGGGAUGUCUCAAAGGGCUCGUUUUCGCUCAGGAGAUGGGGUCUCCCUGUGAACUUGGUGGCGAUUAUUUUUGCGACGUAUUUGAUAUCUUCUUGCCCUUCCGUCUGA